AUGGUAGACAAGCACAAGCAUGUGCUCACCACCCCUUGUCCUCUUGAGCCGAUUGAGGAGUCUACUCAAGAGGAGCAAGACGCAUACACUUCUUGGAUGCGUUCCGAUGAGAUUGCUAGGUGCUAUAUUUUAGCAUCAAUUAGCAAUGUGUUGCAGCAGCAACAUCGGAACAUGCUGACAGCUGCAGAUAUGAUCUACAUCAUUGCUGAAAUGUUCGGCAGCCAGGGCCGUGAAGCCAAGCAAGCUACGGUGCGUAACUUCAUGAACUGUCGGAUGAAAUUUGGCACUCCUGUUGACCAUAUGCUACUGAUCAUUAGUCACUUGAAUGAGAUGGAGCUCAUGGGAGCUGAGAUAGAUGGGGAGACUCAGGUGGAUAUGAUCCUAGAGACUCUCCCGGAGAUGUUCGACAACUUCAAGCUCAACUACUCAAUGAAUAAGUUGAACUAUUCACUCCCUGAACUCAUGAAGGAGCUUCAAACUGCGGAAGCUCUACUGCUUGAAGGAAAAAAGAGGAAUGGAAAGGUACACCUUGCUGAAGCAAAACCUUCCACCUCUGGUGCCAAGAAGCUGAAGAAAAACCGCAACAAGAAGAAACCGAAAGGAAAAGCUGGAAAGGGCAAGAACAGUGCAAGGACUCUGGAGCCACCAAUCAUGUUUGUUGUUCUCUACAGGGGUUCAGGGAAAGCAAAAGACUUAGCAAGGGCGAGUUUAACUUUCGAUGGGGGAACGGAGCAUCAGUAUCAGCUAUAUCAGUUGGAAGCAUUAAAUUAG